UGCAACGUUCAAGUCAGCACAGGGAGAAUGGAAACCUUCUUUCAGCAGCUGACCAAAGGCAAUGCUUUGCUCCUGAUCACCAUUUUGGGCUUUGGAGGAAGCUUUCAGGCUGGUUACCAUAUAACUGGGCUCAGUUCUCCUUCACAGUACAUUCAGUCCUUCAUCAACAGCAGCUGGAACGACAGGUACAAUGAGCCUCCAUCUCCACAGAAAGUCACCAUGAUCUGGUCUCUUAUCGUCUCCAUGUUUGCCGUUGGGGGACUCUUUGGUGCUGUCAGUGUCAAGUUUUUCUCACGAAAACUGGGAAGAAAGCGAGCAAUAAUCUGCAACAGCAUGAUCUCUGUAACUGGAGCAGUGAUGAUGCUGACAAGCAAGGAGGUUAAAUCCUUUGAAAUGAUUAUAGUGGCGAGGAUGCUGUAUGGAUACUCAUCAGGUUUAGGACUGAGCCUCCAUUCGAUGUAUCUAGGGGAGAUUUCACCCAGGAAGAUAAGAGGCAGACUGACUCUGACUUCAGCCACUUUUGCUUCCCUUGGUAACCUAUGUGGACAAUUUUUGGGAUUAAGCGAGAUUCUUGGCCGUCGGGACCUAUGGCAUAUCCUUCUCUGUGUCCCUGUGUGUUUCUCAGUGGCCCAGGUUCUGGUGCUGCCUUUUCUUCCCGAGGCUCCCAGAUAUUUAUUCUUAGAGAAAGGAGACGACAAAGCAUGCAAAAGAGCCCUCCAGAGGUUGUGGGGUAAAGGUGACUAUAAGCAGGAAGUGGAGGAGAUGCUGAUUGAGCAAACGGCUCUUGAAGCAUCUCCACCAAAGAGCCCCCUGCAGCUGCUUAAGGACCAGACUGUGCGAUGGCAACUCAUCACCAUAUUCAUCAUUUACUUUUGCAACCAGAUGUCAGGCAUGUCUGCUAUCAGCACCUUCUCCUUUGACAUCUUCCUGAAGGCUGGUGUUCCAAAAGACAAGAUCCGCUACGUCACCCUUGGUCUUGGAAUAUCUGAAAUCCUCACCUCCAUCUCCUGUAGUCUUCUAAUCGAGCAAACAGGGAGGAGGCCGUUGUUCUGGGGAGGGUAUGCUGUAAUGUCUGCCAUCUGGAUUGUGGUAACAAUCAUGCUCAACCUAAAGGAUUUAAGCUGGGUUCCCUAUGUUACUGCUUCUCUUAUCUUCUUCUUCAUCUUCUCCUUUGGUGGAGGACCAGGGGCAGCUACAGCUACACUCAGCAGCGAGCUCUUCAUUCAGUCGGAUCGUCUUGCAGCUUUUGUUCUCAUGGGACUGCACCGUUGGUUCAUUUUCGCAGUGCUGGGCCUACUCUUCCCGUUCAUCAUUGAUGCUCUUAAUUCAUACUGCUUCAUACUGUUUGCUGGUGUGUGCCUGCUGGGUAGCCUUUAUACCUUCUUCCUUCUUCCUGAAACCAAAGGGAAGACUUUCAUGGACAUUUCAAAGGAGUUUAAAGCCAUUAAGGUCUAUGGGAAAUCCUUCUUGGAGGAAGACAAAGUGGAGACCAAGUUGUAAGCCAGGACAUCAUGAGAGAUGCAAAAAGAGAUCAGAGGAAAAUUCACCUGAAGCUAAGCAUUUUGCCCCCUGAAAGGAUCGAAUUAGGAUGUAAAUUUAGGGAUUCGUUCUAUGACGGGGAUUUUUCCCACUUUGCACAUCUGGAACUGAGUAAAAAAACAAUCAAAAAAACAACACAUCAUUCUUCAUGGAUUGUUGAAUGUAACUCAAGCUGGGUCAACACUGUGAUAAAGAUGUGUUUAAUGCUAAAAAAAAUAUAUAAAUUACAUUAUAAUCAACGAUCUCAGUGCAGCUAAGCUUAAUUGGGACAGCACUGAGAGCCUCCUCCUCUCCCAGAAAUAAAUCCUCCACUGUUGCAUUUGGACUCUGCAGUGUGUCGACCAGAAACCUGCACAAAGUGAAAUUAUGGAAAACUAUCAUGGUUCACUUAAAAAA